AUGGAGGGAUUUCUAACAGAUGAGCAGAGAGAGUUGAUGAAAGCUGCAACCGAGAAUGCAGAGAGUCAUCCACAGUCACAAAAGCCUCACUCGUCUUUGCUAGCAAAACCAUCUGCUGCUGGGAAAGCUUCUGGUGGUGGUGGUGGGUCGAAUGCCGUGAAACAUAGAAGGUCUCAUGCGGGGAAGCCUGUGCGUUCCAAGAAGGAUGGGUGUGGUGGUGGGAAAGGAACUUGGGGAAAACUUAUUGACAUUGAUUCAGACUAUCAAAUGGACCCCAAUGACCCAAACUAUGACAGUGGAGAGGAACCAUUCGAGCUUGUUGGUGCAACUGUUUCAGACCCAUUAGAUGAUUACAAGAAAGCUGUGGCGUCCAUUAUCGAAGAAUACUUCAGCACUGGUGAUGUCGAUGUGGCAGCGUCUGACCUCAUUGAGCUAGGUUCGAGUGAAUAUCAUCCUUACUUCAUCAAGCGGCUCGUUUCUGUAGCCAUGGACAGGCACGACAAAGAGAAGGAGAUGGCCUCGGUGUUGCUUUCCGCGUUGUAUGCUGAUGUCAUCAACCCAAACCAGAUAAGAGAUGGAUUUGUCCUGCUGCUUGAGUCAGCUGAUGACUUUGUGGUGGAUAUACCUGAUGUUGUCAAUGUUCUCGCUUUGUUCCUCGCACGUGCUGUGGUGGAUGACAUUUUGCCUCCAGCUUUUCUUCCCAGGGCAAGCAAGGCACUUCCACAGUCUUCCAAAGGUUACCAGGUUGUCCAAACUGCAGAGAAAAGCUAUCUAUCAGCUGCACACCAUGCCGAGCUAGUUGAAAGAAGAUGGGGUGGAACGACACGUACCUCUGUUGAGGAAGUGAAGAAGAAGAUUGAUGACAUUUUGAACGAAUACGUGGAGACUGGAGAGACUUACGAGGCAUGUCGCUGCAUAAGGGAGCUGGGCGUGUCUUUCUUUCACCACGAGGUUGUGAAGAGGGCUUUGACUACUGGCGUGGAGAGCUCCGCAGCAGAACCACUUGUAUUGAAAUUCCUGAAGGAAGCAGCUUCAGAGAACCUGAUAAACUCUAGUCAAAUGGUGAAGGGGUUCUCUAGGUUAAAGGAGAGCCUUGAUGAUCUUGCGCUUGACAUUCCUUCGGCCAAAGCCAAAUUUGAUUUGAUUGUGCCAAAGGCUAUCUCUGGCGGCUGGCUUGAUGCUUCGUUUAGUUAUCCGUCUGGUGAAGGUGGAAGACAGCAGAUCGAGGACGAGAAACUCAAGAGGUUCAAGGAAGAGAUAGUGACCAUCAUCCAUGAGUAUUUCAACUCCGAUGACAUACCUGAGCUCAUACGCAGUCUUGAGGAUUUAGGAGCGCCAGAGUACAACCCAAUAUUUCUAAAGAAGCUGAUAACACUUGCUCUGGACAGGAAGAAUCGAGAGAAAGAAAUGGCGUCUGUGCUCCUCUCUUCUCUCCACAUCGAGAUGUUCACCACGGAAGAUGUUGCAGAAGGUUUCGUCAUGCUCCUGGAAUCUGCAGAAGAUACAGCUCUUGACAUCCUCGAUGCUUCCAACGAACUUGCUCUGUUCUUAGCUAGAGCUGUGAUCGACGAUGUUUUAGCACCUUUUAACCUCGAAGAGAUCUCUAACAAACUACGACCAAACUCAAGCGGAACUGAGACCGUGAAGAUGGCUAGGUCACUGAUCUUUGCUCGACAUGCGGGAGAGAGGCUUCUACGUUGCUGGGGAGGUGGAACCGGAUGGGCAGUGGAAGACGCAAAGGACAAGAUAGUGAAUCUCCUGGAGGAAUACGAGAGCGCAGGGCUCGUAUCGGAAGCGUGCAAAUGCAUCCACGAGCUAAACAUGCCUUUCUUCAACCAUGAGGUGGUGAAGAAGGCGCUGGUCAUGGCGAUGGAGAAGAAGAAUGACAAGAAGAUGCUGGAUCUUCUCCAGGAGAGUUUUGGUGAAGGGCUCAUAACCACAAACCAGAUGACCAAAGGGUUCACUAGAGUCAAAGACGCGCUUGAAGAUCUGGCUUUAGACAUCCCAAAUGCAAAGGAGAAGUUCAGUGACUACGUUGAGCAUGCUAAGAAGAACGGUUGGGUCUCGCCGGCGUUUGUAACUUCCCUAACCGAAGAUGCUAACCGAGGCUAG